CAUUCCACAGAGCCGAAGUCGCGGUGCGCCCCGCGCGUGCCUUCGCCGACCGACCCACGCGCCCGCUUCGCCUCAGUCGUUCCAUUGCGCUCACGAAGUUUGUGCGCCCCGGCGUCGAUCACGUCACUUAGCCGCUCCAUACGCGUGAUCGCAGACCGAAGUGAAGUGAAGUGCUAAUGGAUGCGGUUAACGACGGAGUAUAAUAUUGUUUACUGAGUUUAGCAACAUUGGAUUUGUCUAUUCAUGGGCACGUAACAGUGGUCUCGAGAUGCGACAUGCGCGCUCUGUGUUCGGUUCGCGGGCCGCUGGGUGGAGAGACGCGCGCGCUCGGUGCGGGCGCACGCCUCCUAUCCCUUCGCAUGCCCGGCCAGCCUCAACCGCUUCAUUUCGUCGUCGAAGCCAAGGCGAAGGUCAAAGAACUGAAGGCUUUGGCCAAUGCUCAUGCUCAACUACAAGGCAUGACCGACACAGACCUCUUCGGAUUAGCCGUAAUGCAAAAUGGAGAGUACUUGUUUGUUGACUUAGAAAGCAAACUCUCCAAAUAUGCGCCAAAGAGCUGGAGGUCAUCCCACACUCAUGGCUUAGACGCAAACGGGAAGCCUCUCCUUGAAUUGCACCUCGUGGUUCAGUUUCAUGUUGAGAGCCCCUUACUUUUACACGAUGAAGUUGGUCGCCAUCUCUAUUUCCUACAAUUACGUCAUAAUGUCCGAUGCAGAGACACAUUACCCGCUGAGGUACUUCUUCUGUUAACUGGGCUGGCAUUGCAGGCGCAAUAUGGAGACGCUGACGGAUACGCAGACCGGGACUACUUUAAAGUGGAAGAUUAUGCUCCAACGUCGCUCACAGGUGACUGGGUGGCCGCUGCAAUGCGAGCAUGUCACCGUGAACAUCGUGGACUCUCCCGAAUCGACGCAGAAAGUAGGUUUAUACGUGAGGUGUGCCUUCUACCUGAUACAAUGAAUUCUCAUAGAUAUCGCUUGAAACAAAACAAAUCGGAACCGGAUCCAGGGACGAUCUGGCUGUUUGUCACAGCUAAAGGCAUUAAAAUCUUACCUGAUAAUGGACCUGUUUCCAAUUUCAUAUGGACCUCCAUCGGAAAAUUAAGUUUCGAUCGGAAAAAGUUUGAAAUACGGACUGAAGAUGGAAAAAUCACUUUAUAUUCGUCAAGUGAAGAAAAGUGUAAAUAUCUUUUCGCUCUAUGCAAAGAAACACAUCAGUUCUCUAUGAAGAUCGCACCUAAGUUUAAGGAGAUAUUAAGUAAAGAAGAAGAAGAAAGAAAAAUUUGUUACGGUUAUCCAAAAUCACUUAACCUGCAGUACAUCCAAAAUAAAAGUGAACAAAGAAUAUCAGUCAUUUCGUCUACAAGUUCAAAUACUACGUCCGGUAUUGUUAGUGACAGAGUACAAUCUGAGGAUGAAUUGGAAAUAAUGAUUGAUUCACCUCCGGCACCGUCUACUGAAAGUUUGGCUUUCGCUCAUUUAUUAGAUUGCACAAAUGCUUAUUUUAUUCAGCAUACUCCUGAUGACAAUAAACCUUUCGCCAAAACCUCAUCGCUACAGUUGCAAAAAGCAAAAUUACGAAACAAAAAGAAUUUGGAUGAAAUUGACACUAUUGUUAAAAACGAUAUCUCUACUGAAAUCGGACAAAGUUCAAGAAUGCAAAUAGAAGAAACAAUUUCUUUACCCGAUCAAAGUAUUACUGAAAUCUCUACAGAUAGUCCAGGACCAAAUAAAUUAAAAUGUACUGGAUCGCAAUGUUCAUCAUCGUGUAGUACAGUUAUUAUGGCUCGAGCAGGUCUAAACACAUUGAGUCGAGCGUCCGAUGCUAGUAGUCUGGAAUUGGGCUUCAGUCAUACCACACAAAAUUCCAUGUUGAGUGAUAAUAGUACGGUUGGAACUAACAUUGAGUAUUCUCAAGACACAGCCUCAGCAUUAUAUGAUGGUCUAGGUCAGCCUAUGACUAUAGCUGCUUCUAGCGAAACCAGUGGCGUAUACACAAUGGGUAGUUCGGAACUGACUGCAAGAUCAAAAAUCGAUGCACUGUCUGAUGGUAGUAGAACUGAUUACAAUGGGUCACAUUACGACAGUUAUAAGCCAUCUCCAGAAAAUGACCUUGCCGAAAUUGAUAGUGUAUCUUCAAUAUUAAAAAAUAAGUCUGAGAGAACUAGUCAGUGCACUGGAACGCUAAGAAUACAAACAUCUAGGCCUAGUACCGAUUGUGUAGAUGGAGCAACUAAUUUUCCAAAGGAAGAACAUGCGAAAGAGAAUAUGUUCCGAGAAAGAACCAAUUCAAAUGUUAGCACUGUUUCUUUUCACGGUGAUGGCAGUGAUCCUACAGACAAUACGCGAAAUUUGCUGAGUGCAAGUGAAUUAACUGAUUUAAUCGUCGGCCGCGGCGUGUAUCCCAAAAGUCAAUCAGUAAGUGACACGCUAGACUCUGUGUCGGAUUAUGUUAGACUACCUUUACCGUUUUCAGGCGACAGUUAUCUUCAAGGCUACGAAGAUACAGCUCCUUCCGAUGACAAUUAUCCUGACAACUCUUUCUUUGAUCGUCCACCAACGCCACCAACCAGAACAGACAGUCGUAAAAUGCUUAAUCUGUCUCUUCCGAACAUACUUAAUAUUGAUGAGAAUACAUCUGUAAUGCCAAAGUUUCAUGACAAACCCCCACCACCUUAUGAAUAUAAUCAUAAAACGCUUUCGGCACAACUAUCCACCCCAACUAAAGCACCACCGGCGUAUCCUGGAACAGCAGUAUCGUCUUUACCUUUAAAGCAACAGGGAGACAAAGAAGAAGUAGCUGCUAGAGUAGUAACGUCAAGACCUAUGAUUACAAUUCUAAAAGCAGAAGCAGGUGAGGUUAAUGCCUCAAGUGAAAGAACAUUCGCUAGUCCAAUGGUAUUAGAACAUCGGUUUCAAAAAUCUAAACGCCACCAAGCGUCUAGUAGAAGAGCCGAAAGAUCAAAAUUGGCUCAAGGGAUAUGUAGCCUUUCGCCCUCGAGAGAAUUGCCACCAACACAUCACGGAGUAAACGCAAACGUGUUAGUAGCAAUGAUGAAAUUACCUCCACCACCACCACCACCCAGACGUACGCGAUUACCACCACCACCACCUGUUUCGCGGUUGCCUCCACCGCCACCUCCACAUAAUUCGAUGUUCCAUCAACAACUCUAUAGCGAUGUGGACUACGUUUAUUAUCCCAUACAAGAUCCAGCUAUUUCACAACAAAACUAUCUUGAUCACAAGUUAACAGAAUCACGGGUGUCAAAUAUGCACAAAAAUAGCUUGCAAUACAGAAGUACGCCAUACCUAUCUACAUCACUAUCAGCAUCUUCGAUGUAUGGGUCAAUUCAAAAUCUUUCAGAUUCAUACGUUCAAUUGCCUGGUACGCGUACUAGUUGGUACUCGUUAACAAGCAGAACCUCUCUCAGCAACCACUCUACAAACCUUGAACGACCUCCAAUACCUACGCGAUUGUCAGAAAUCUCAAGUUUCACAAGAGCUAGAUCACACGAAAACGUACUGAACGCUAAGGAUCCUCCACCAGUGAAAAUGAGAAGAAUGCCUCCACCUCCGCCGCCACCCUACGAACAUAAGAAGAAACUACCAUCUCACCUUCAGGAACUGAAAGCUUCAAACUGUGUGUAUAAUGAUGCAAAUGUUGUGAAUAAAGUGAAAGACGCAAAUUGUGAUUUAGAUAUAAAAACUCUUAGAGAGAAAAGCAAAAAUUUGGAUUUGCCCCUUAUAGCUGCACUAUGUAAUGAUCGAUCGUUACUAAAACAAACAAAAGCUUUCGGUAUGCCGAAGUUGAGCAAACAAACGUUUAGUGACUGUGAAAGUGAACGAAAGUGUGCAAAGUCUGUCCAAAGUACCACCGAUAGUAUAGAUCUUAAGAUUAAACAGGAAAGUAAUAUUAAAAGGGAUAUAACAGGGUCUCAAAAAAAAAUUUUAAUGCGAAACCCAACUGAUAAGCUUCCAGCACUGCCGGGUACCGCAACUCAUACUCCAAGAGCAAUGUCUAACACCUAUGUAAUACAUCCAAGUGUAGCUAAAACUAAAAAGAUCCAACCCAAUUCAUGACAGACACUGUACUGUGAAUCAUUUGUGAAUCCUUCCAGUGCUAUUAGCUUUCAUCCACCGAUUUAGCCAUAAUAAAGACUGAGCUUAAAGCCCUCGAUUGUUAUAGUAAGUCUGCAUUUCCUAUUGUAUUAGUUGUUGUUAUUCUUCUCGAUUUAAUACAUACAAUCACAUUCCGUAGAUUAGAUAUUCUUACGAUUAUGUUCUAAUAUGUACUUUACUGAUAAAUUGUUUCGUAGAUUCCUAAUAAAAAAUAUCCAUAAUGUAACUAUAAAUAAAUAUCUACGUUACGUCACUUAUUUAUUACUCAUAAAAUAUCAUGACAUACGUAUAUCACAAAUUGAGUGAACUGAAAGAUCUGCUAUAAAUUAGGUAGUGGAUAAAACGUAAUAAAAUUGGAAAAUAAUUGUUUUUUUUUUGUAAAAUUAUCACCAUUGGCAAUAUUCCUGGAGUCUUGAUAUUACUCUGUAGAUAAUAUUGGUCGUCAUAUAGUCGUUAUACUGUGAAAACCAAUUAAAUAUCUGGAUUUUUUACAGAAAAUUACUUACUACAGAAAUACGCAACUUAACUGCUUACCUAUGUAAAAUGCAUAUUUUUACAUAGUUUCGAUAAAACAUAUAAAAGAAAUAUUCAACUGCAUUUAUUUCAAAGAAAUAAUUG